GUAUAGCUCAGAAUCCACUGCUUACAACUCCGUGGUAAGACUGCCCUGUUCGAAGCCCACAAGAGCACAGCAUGGCGACCCAGGCAAUCCAAACUCUGCACGAUGCCAAGAUGACCCGAGCUGCUGAGAAGAAACAGCUCUCCGUCCUGAACGGCCGCUUUGCCUCCUACAUCGAGAAGGUGCAGGCCCUGAACCAGAGCAAUGCCGCCCUGGAGAGUCAGCUGCAGGCCGUCCAGGCCAAAGCAUCUCCCGUAGACAAGGCGAAGUACGAGGGGAUGCUGAGUGCGCUGCGCGCUCAGGUGGACGGGCUGUCUCAGCAGAAGGCUCAGGUGGAAGCUGAAAGGAACAGCUGGCAGUCGCAGGCGGAGGAAUGGCAGGGGAAGUGCGAAGAGCAGUAUACGGUGCGCUCAGGGCUGAAGGCCGAAAUCGAGAGGAACAAAACGGAACUGGCAAUCAUCAACGCUGCUCGUUCGGGCUUCGAGAGCAGGCUGGUGGCCGCGCAGAAAGAGAUCGAGGCCGUGAAUACGACUCACUCUGCGGAGAUAGCAGCUAUGCGGGGAGAGUUGGCCCAGACUGUGACUGCGAUAGAGGCGAAGCAGGCGGCUGUGACUGGACCGGACCUCAGCGACACCCUGAGGGAGAUCCGUGAGCAGUACGAGGUGGUCGGCCAGGCGAACAGGCAGGACGCUGAGGCGAAGUACAGGGCGAAGUUUGCGGAGAUAGCCCUGCAACGGCAGAAAGACAGCGAUGCUCUGGCAGCCGCCAGGGCAGAAGUGGCUGAGUUCCAAAAGAAGGUUGACACCCUGAGGGCCGAGGCCGAGUCUAUCAGGAGCAAGAACAUCGCCAUGGAAGACGGCAUGAACCAAACUGAGAUCCGCAUACAGAAGGAGAUGGAAUCGUACAGGCAGGCCAUCGCCAAACGCGAGGCGCAGAUCGAACAGAUGAAGCUGGAGAUUGCACAACAUCUCACCAACUACCAGGAGCUGAUGAACGUCAAGAUGGCGCUCGACAUCGAGAUAGCCGCUUACAGGAAGCUGUUGGAGGGCGAGGAGAUCAGGCUGGCCGGUCAGGCUUAGACGCCUCAGCCGAUUCAGCCUGCCCAGACCCCCGAGCCAGAGGCAACAUCACCUCAGUAAAAUAUUCGGCCACGCAAUAGGAGAAUGUUAGGACGUAAAACAUGAUUUCAUUGCGAGUAUGAAAUAGAUUUGAUAGAUGUGACCAUCAACGCCAAAAAUAUCAACCAAGGAACCGUCCAAGGCAGAAGAAAGGGGCAAUAGCAACAUAAAGGAUGGGAGGAUAAUAUCAGAGAAUGGACAGGCAUGAGCCAAUAUGUUACAUUAAGAAAUGCAGAAAAUAGGGAAGGGUUGGGAAACUGGUUCUUCCGUAACUACACACUAGGUUGGCGAACAGCUACGUACACAGUAAAUGAUAGAUGUGAAGGCACUGAGCACCACAUUUACGUCACGUUAUUAGUGCACCUUGAUCGGAAAGUAC